CUGAAGGAAGGGACAACAAAAAGACAGAAAUUUUCUCGUCUUUUCCUAUUUUUGUUGAGAUCUAAACCAUAGAUUUCGAUAUCCUUACUCAAAAAAGAGGACUCAGAACAUGAAGAGGCGAAAUGCCGACUGUGCUAAGCUCCGACGGCCAAUUAAAAGGAGCAAAAUCACUGAUGGUAUCUACGGAAGUGCUUUUCUGUACCUGAAGUUCCUCCUAGUAUGGGCCCUGGUGCUGAUGGCGGACUUUGUCCUGGAGUUCAGGUUUGAGUACCUGUGGCCGUUCUGGUUGCUUUUGCGAAGUGUUUACGACUCAUUCAAAUAUCAAGGCUUGGCAUUUUCUGUAUUCUUUGUGUGUAUCGCCAUUACAUCUGAUGUGAUAUGUUACCUGUUCAUCCCAGUGCAGUGGCUCUUCUUCGCCGCCAGUACGUACGUCUGGGUCCAAUACGUUUGGCAUACAGACCGGGGUAUCUGUCUUCCCACAGUUUCCCUCUGGUUACUGUUCGUCUGGGUUGAAGCGUCUGUCCGGCUGCGCGAACUCAAAAGUCUGCCACUUCAUUUAGAUCUCUGUCGACCUUUUGCUGCACAUUGUAUUGGAUACCCAAUGGUGACGCUAGGAUUUGGGUUCAAAAGUUACGUUUCUUAUAAAAUGAGAGUGAGAAAACAGAAAGAUGUUCAGAAAGAUAAUGAGUUUUAUGUUCAGUUACUACAGCAAGCAUUGCCACCUGAACAGCAAAAUGCAGCAAAUGCUGAAAAAGCUAAAGCGUUAACUUCCAAAACUUCAAGCCAAGAGGAGGUAAUCUCAAAUGGUAGUAUAGCGGGAAAAAAAUCAUCGCCGACAAGCAAUGGUGUCUCAACCCAAAAAACAGAGCCUGAAAAGGACUGGAAGAAACACAAUAACAAUAGUCAGAUAGAGGAUUAUGAAUAUAUUGAGCAGACGCUACCCAAACACAAUGUAAAUGAUUUCAUUGAAAAUGAUGAGAACGAUCACGUGAAAGCCUACAAAGAUAAAACGGUGAACAAAAGUACAAAAUUUGUGAGUUCGAAGGAUCGAGAUUCGUCCUCUUCCAAGAAGUCUAAAAGUAACAAUGUGAAGGAUACGCCGUCUGCUACUACCACCACUGCCAAUAACAUAUCCAAUUCAUGUAACAAGGAGGACUAUAUAUGUAGGAUUGAGUCUGAGCUGAAGCGUAUAAAAAUGGAGUUACAGUCAAGUCGUAACUUGGAGCAAGAGCUUCGUUCACAAGUCAACAACUUCAUCACCGGUGAUAAAUCUCUGAAGAGUGAGUUGUAUCAACUACAGCAGGAUAAUGAAAGCUUACAGACAAAAUUACACAAUCUUGUAACCAGUCGUCAACAGGACAAGCAGAUCCUUGCAUCAUUAGAGAAAAAGUUAUUAGAGGAGCGUAAAUGUAAGGCGGCCACCGAGCAUCAGUUACUCACGGAACGUAAAGCGAAGAAGGCUGAGGAGGCCGCUGCUGCUAGAGCGGUCGCUAUGGCUACUGCCGCUAGGGUUGAAUGUUCUGACAUGUGUAAGUCACGCCGUCGGGAUUUAGAAAACGACUUGAAGCUGCUUCGCCGUGACUUGAUGGUGCGAGAAGAACAGCUCUGUCAGAAAGAAAGAGAAGCUCAGUCUCUACGCCAGUAUAAAGAUGCUCAGAAUGAAACUGAUGUCCUCAUGUCGGCGCUCGCGGCUAUGCAGGAUAAAAACGCACACCUUGAGACAAGUCUGAGCGCAGAGACACGACUCAAAUUAGACUUAUUCUCUGCUUUGGGUGAGGCUAAAAGACAGAUAGAAAUUCAAUCAGAACUCCAUAAUCAGAAGGAUCGUCAGAUAGCUGAGCUGAAAUCAAAGAUCGCCGAGGUGAUGGCCCUGAUGCCGACGACGACAUCGAGCUAUAACAACACGAUGACCGAAUCGAGCCCGCUCUACACGUCGAAAUAUUCGCCCACUCCUGAUGAUGUCAUUGCCAAGUCGAAUCUGAAUCCAAACGCUUCGGAUUACACUCCAAAGGGAAAUUGAAUUGAUGGUCUUGUUGAAAUAUCCUCGCCUGGUUGAUACUGGUGUCUGUUGCUUGGUCAUCUUGCAGUGCGGUGUUCAAAUUUGGCUGCAUAAUCCACACCGAGGAAAUAUUGACACUUUUUGGAACACCCUGUGGCAAAGCUCCUUAAGUGUCAACCAACAUUACAGCUCCAAUCUUGCAAGGUUCCGUUGGAUAACCAACACCUCAAGAUCAGUAUCAAUACCUGAAACAAGUUAUUAGAAUCAAUAUUCGCAUCCUUGAAAAGUCUAUUGCUAUUUCUGCGUGAAUACAACCGUACAGUCAUUGAACAGCAGCAUCACUCCGGUGAGGAUAUUUGAUAGAAUUGUCGAUGGUUGAGUCCAGAACUCCUCUGAAUCAGUUGUAAAAGAAAGAAGACAAUAAGAGAACCAUCUUUUGUGCAAUGUUAUGUUGGGCUUCAGUGUAAGUCCAGUAUCUCUGCUUGUUGCUACAUAUAGUUCUUGUUCAUUUACCUCCAAGAUGGUAUGAAUUGUGUAACGCUGAAUUUUUCUGUUUGUUAUUUUUGCUCAAAGAGAAUCUGAAAAUACCAACCUCUAUCCUUGAAAACCGAAAUUUGUUUCUUAGAUAUCUGUUUGGAGUAUUGGUGACAGCCGACAACUUCAGCUUGUUUUCACACUGCUUCUGUGCCAAUAUGGCAAGGUGAUUUGAUCUUUGCCUUGCAUUUUCGAUAAUGAUCUCCUACAACAAGUUGGUCAAGAACAGUCAUGUCCUGAUACCAUUAAAACUUGAACUUCGAAAGUUACGAUUAGCAUUUGUGUCCCAUAGAUUACAUUGCUUCCUCCAUAAACAUUGCUCGAGCCCUGCAUUACUUUUCAUUACACUUCUGCUGAUUAUUGACCACUUUGAAUUAGUUUGUGAAUCUCACCGAAUGCACAGUUGUUUUUUUAAAUGAGGUGAAGUUACCACUUCUGCUGAAUAUUAAGUUGUGUUGUUUGUGGUCUUUAUGUUUUAAUCUUUUCAUUUUCAGUUAUAUUACCACAAGACAAAGCACGCGGUUGAAACUGGUGAUUGUCAAGCCUGGCAUUUCAAGCCUUUAUGUAUCGGGGUGAUUGACCAAAUUACCGUAACACCCUGUAGAAUUGUAUUGACAAUCACCUCACCGAGGGUUUCCCACCUCUCCGAGUGCCACCACAGUUGGAUGUACCCAGGGCCCUGUUUAGAGAUUGAAUUCAGUCUGAGGCUUGAUUUCCUCAGAGGUGGUUGGACUUGACUCGGAGAGGUGGGGAUCCUCCCAGAGGACUUGCUGAUUCCACAUGGUGUGUAUGACUUGCUAGUUAUACUUACUUGUAAAAAUAGACUGUGACACUCACUUCAUGAUGUAUCAUUAUCUUCCUUUCUAAAAUUUACAAUUACAGGAGAUAGAAGACAUUGAUUGAUUCAGAGGAGUUUAGGAUCUCAUUUCAAUUAUGAACCAAGUCCUCAACUCGAGAGACAGGCUUGGCUUCCCCAGGUCUCCAUAUCAAGGGGGUACCCCACAUUGUCUCACGAAUCCUGGGAUACCAGUCUCAGUCUCUCGGGUUGCGGACGUUGGCCCGGUCGUUCACAUGUUGAUGAUAGUGCAUAUGUUGUGUAGUUAAGAGUACCUAAGUUGUAAAGAAGCUGCUACAUGUAUGUGUUAUACAGUUAUGUGCAGUGGUUUCUCCUGGGACUGACGGAGAUAGGUAGAUGAGUCACGUGGGAGAUGCACCAUCAGUAUUGAAAUCAUUCUACUUAAACGUUCAUUUUAAAAUGUUAAAUGGACAAAAUAUCUGUCCAAUAUCCAUCUUGGAAAAAUAGACAGAAAAACACUCAAAUGUAAUCUUUUUGCCUGUGGAUUGCAUACUAUUUUGAUUUGAAUCGGUACAGAGUUCUGUUUCAAAGGUCAGUUGUCUGGUUUUUGUCUCGGACGACUGUCGUAUAAUGUUUGUAACUGGUAGGUUUUCAGACAAUGCGGGAGGGAGUUUGUUUGAUAUUUUGUUUUCUGAAAGAUAUGAAAAUGAUUUAUUUUGUCAAUUCGGUUCCUUGGCGAAUGCCAUUGAUUAUCGGAUUUAGGAACGACCAGGUAGCAGAGAGUUCCUGUCGUCAUCCCACUGGUUGGGCUGAUGAUGUAAGGAUGACCAUUGCACACAGCUGUAUCUGAUUAUUGUAAAGAAGAAUCCGGAUGAUUCCACGCAUCUUACGGUGCUAAAAGCACUUAAAGAUGUAACUCAAGAGGGCUAGGAGGGCCUGGUCUCCUUCGAAAAAAAGGGUGGGUACAUCUGAUGUACGGGAGACCAACAUUUACUGUUCAUUUGGAGGCAGAAAAUCAUUUUGGAUUGUCCUGCACUUUUGGUCCUCAUGGAGUUACAUGUAAUUGAUCUAAGAGAAGUGAAAAGCUGCCAUAUCAGUACAUUUCAGAAAGGUUUUUGAGCGUUGUGAUUUCCUAGUUGUUGGUGACAUAAAAUUUGCCCUUGCCAGAAGAUCAUGCUACGCUUAAAUUUCGCUGAAAGUACUUGAAUACCUGAGCAGUGAGGAGAUUUAACCUUAGCUGAAACUAGUUUUGAAAAAUUUACCAGUGGAUAAACUUCUUACGUUAAGAGUGCUUCACAAAUUUAUAUUCCUCGGAAAUAAAUCUCAUGCUGACGGCACUGCAAGGGUUGAGGUUGUUGUAAGAAUCGUGUUGUCGGGUAAUGAUAUCCAGUACAUAUUUUCCAUAUUUUUUGUAUGUUUUCUAUGUGACUUGGCCAGGAUUGGAUGUAUUCUGAAUUAAUUUUUUUUUCCAUUUUGGGAUUGUAAUAGAUUGUGUUGUUCUGUACAUGUGGCAUUGGGUGCAGUGUCGUUGGUUUGAGUACAACUUGAAAUGUAACUGUCAGUUCCUGACAGUAUAAACCAUCAAACUUUUCCUAGCAAAUGGUAAUAUUCGUUCCUCAUCGGUGCGAGAUACUUUGCCAGGUGCAAAGACUUGCUAACGAAAUAUUUGUCACUGAUAGCUAGGAGAUGAAAUAACUCUACAUGAUAUGCCCUGUGCCCAAUCUGGGGCACAGGGCAAAGGAGUACACUCGGUCAGUUUGUGGUAUCUUAGCAUUGCAAUCAAGUCGUUCAAAGUCCAAAAGAUGACAUUGAAGUUGUAGGUAACAAUUGGUUGGUUUCUCUAGUGCAGCUUGUCUUAAGACAGGUCAGAAAAUGUACCAUCAUGAUUUCAAUCAUAUCAUUGACCAAAUACUGUCAUGUAGUUUACAUUAUAGAUGUAUGUGAGAAUGCAAUCCAUUUGGUUAAUGAAGGUGGCCUCUUCAAACUAAUAAUGUAUAUGAUGAUCAUCUUGAACUUUAGCACAGAGAAACAUUUUGUGCUAGGAGGCUGCCAAAGAUGGGCUGAAUUUUGGAAUAAUGAAGAUCCACUCUGCUGCUGAGUGUACUGUAGAUUAUUUAUCGAUCAUAUUGUGCUUUUAGUCGAACUAGGUGUUUGUGUUUGGUGACAUCAUUCAUGUUCAGUAUUUGUUAUUAUGACUCAGUGCUCUGUUUUCUCUAUGUUGAAUAAAUAUUGAGCUAGUUCAAUGCUCA